AUGGAGCCAGCGGACGGGUCAGCGGGCGACGCCAAGGCGAAGGCCCCCGCUAAGCCCCGGCAAAAUAAGACACCGCUGCAGAAAGAGGUCCUGGAGGCUUCGUAUCAGCUGAACCAGCACCCCUCGGUGGAGCACCGCAAGGCUUUGGGAGACCGCAUUGGGCUGACUGAACAUGAAGUCAAUGUACGAGGGUGUAUGCACGCGUGGUUUACGAACCGCCGCCGGCGAGACAAGCAAGCGGAGAAGAAGGCGGCAGCGGCGUCGUUGUCUGCUGGCGGAUCGGCCGGCACCCCGGGCGGCGUGACGCCGGGCGGUGCCGGCGGCACGUCUCCUUCGCCUGGCGGAGCUGCCGCAGCCGCCGCUCCGGUGGCGGGGGCGCCCGCAGGCCUCGCACGUCACGUGCCGCCGCCACAGCAGCUCGCGACGACCGCGGCGGCGGCGGCAGCUGCCAGCGGCGGCGCUGUGAGCUGCCCCGAUGCGGAGGAAGAGACGGAGGACGCCGACGAUGACGCUUCGGACGCCGCCGCGGCCGCGUGGGAGGGCAUCAGAGCACUUUGCAUGGCAGCGCGCGCAACGCUGCCUGUGCCGUACUGCGAGGACGGCCCACAGUUGGGGUUCCUGUUCGAUGAGCCGCCCAUGCCUGGGGAACUUUCAGCGGCGGGUGGCGGCAACAAGCGGCGACGCAUCGUGUUGGGGAAUGAUCUCGUGGCGGAGGCGGACGAGGAGGGGGUGAAAAGCGUGCUGCUGCGGAGGCCCGGCGGAGGGAAGGCCGGCAUCCAAGGCGGCGGCCCAGUGGGUGUGAUGACGGUGGCGGAGUUGGAGAUGCGGCGGCGGGAGCUGCACCUGCAGCAGCAGGCACUUGAGGAAGCCCGGCAGGAUGACCCGGAUUACAAGAGCGGGGGACGCAAGUCGGAGGAUGCGAUCAAGAGGGAGCAGGAGCGGCUGCGCAAGGAGCUUCUGCGCCAGCAGGAGAAGCUGGAGCGAGACCGCAAGCGCGAGGAGGACGAGCGCAGCCGGGAGAUGGAGCGCCAUGAGCGGGAGCGCAAGAAGAUGGCUGACAAGAUGGAGAAAGACCGGGCCAAGGAGGAGGCUCGCAAGCUCAAGGAGCUGGAGAAGCUGAAAAUCGCGGAGGAGCGGGAGCUGAAGCGAUUGGAGGCUGCCAGGGAGAAGGAGCGCAAGGCAGAAGAGCGGCGCAGGGCGGUCGAAGAGCGCAAAAAGGAGAAGGAGAAUGCUCGUGCGCUGGCGCAGCAGGAGCGUGCUGUGCUACGCAUGCGGCACCGGGAGAGUGCCAAUGGGCCCCCGGACGACGAGGAGUUGGAGUACCGCAAGCUUCUUAUCGCCGCCGGGAUUGACCCGGCCACGGUUGCCGAUGCCGAUGAGGACGCCGCAGCGGCAGGCGCCGCCGCCGGCGAAGCCGCUGCUAGUGCUUCGGUGACGCCGCCGCCACCGCCGCGCAAGCGACCCCGUCCCGAUCUGCCUCGCCCGGAGUUCCCGCCGCCUUCACUCGGGUUGGAGCCAGCCUGGCCGGCCUCCUAUGACGCGGAGGGUGAGGCGGCGGCGGAUGGUGGUGUUGGAGAUUUUGGCACGGGUCCUGACGGCUUGGAUGACGACAUUGGCAGCGAGUUACUUGUGUGCUGGAGCUUCCUUCAGAGCUUCGCGGACUUGUUCGGCGUGAAGGUGCCCUCCCUGGAGGGCCUGUUGGAGGCCCUGGCGGAGGGCGAGGAAAGCCGUCUGCUGGCGGACGUGCAUUGCGCAUUGCUGCGGCUGAUCCAGGCGGAUAUGGAGGAUGCGCACGACGAGAAGGAACGCGUCGGCCGGCAAACGGCUGCCGCGCCCAACUUCAUGGACCGCUCCGUCGUGGGGUCGGCGCGGCGCUUGGAGGAGGCGUGGGCGUGGGGCUACGACGUGGACUGCUGGCGGGCGCAUCUCAACGCACUGACGUGGCCGGAGGUGUUGCGCCAGGUGGCAGUUGUGGCAGGGCGCGGCCGUUCGCGGCCGCCGAUACGGCGCUCCGCGGCGGACGGCACCAAGGGCCCGCGCAUCCAGGGCAUCGAGGGCGAGGACGUGGUGGACGACGGCAGCAGCGGCGGCAGCCUCAAGCUGCGCAUGCCAUCGAGAUACGUUCUAGGAACGGUGAAGGCGGCUGCGUGGCAGGUUCUCGCCAGCACGGGGCCCAGUGGGCUUCCCGUGGCGGAGCUGGUCCGCCGCAUUCAACGCACAGGUUUACGAGAGAUGCGCUCGUCGAAGACCCCAGAGGCAGUGGUAGCCGGAUCCCUCGCGCGUGACGUGCUCUUUAUGCGAGUGCAGCCCGCGACGUGGGCCCUCACCUCCGUCGUGGCGUUCGCCAAGCGUCGCAACGAGCAGCGUCGCGGCAGCCGGCACGCGGCCAAGGGCGGCGCCAAGACGGGCGAGGCGGGCGACGGCGGCGCCGACGGCGACGGUGACACGGAGAUGGCGGACGUGUCGAUCAAGGGUGAAGCUCCGGAACCGGCUGCCGGAGUGAAGCAGGAGCCAGGGUUGAAGCAGGAGCCAUCGGCGACGGCGGCUGGCGGAGGCUUAGGCAGCAGGCGGAGGGGCAAAGCAGGAGAUGCUGGCGGCUCCCAACCGAUGGAUGUGGACACCGGUACGGUGAAGCAGGAGGAUGUUAAAGACGAAGCUGCAACCGGACCUGCACCGGGGCCAGGGCCGGCGAAUGGCCGUGCCGCCAGCGUCGGCGGUGCCGAGGACAUCAGCCGCGCCGCAACCGCCUCACCGCCCGCGUCCACCGGAGGCGCAAACCUUGGCGCCGCCGACGUGGCUCAAGGCGGAGGCAGUCAACACCAGCAAUCACAAGGGGCUGGGGCUUCGCAACAACCGCAGCUGCAGGACCACGACCACGACGAUGAGUCGUACAGCGGUGACGAGGAGGAGGAGGACGGGGAGGCGCAUGGCGGCGAGCGAGGCGCCGGUGACCCGUGGGUCAACUCCUUGCUGAGUAGCGGCUACUCUACGCUUGGCCUGCGUGACCGCAUCGCCGCAAUGUCCUUCUUGUGCCAUGCCGUACUGGAUGGGCCCACGUUGCGCACCAAGCUCGAGCUGCGGACAAAUGAGGCGGCGCAGCGGCGAAAGCAGGUGUUCGAGGAUGCCAAGAACGAUAAGAGGAAGCGUCAAGAGGAAGCCGCUGCUCGGGCAGCUGCGGCAGCGGAGGAAGCACGCAAGCGGGCGGAGGCCGCGGCUGCGGCAGCAGCAGCGGGCGGCUCUGGUGCCGCGGCCGGGACUUCCACAGGCGGUGCUGGCGGUUCGCGUGGGUCGACGCCCGCGCCGCCGGGCGCGCCAGUGGAUCCCAAGGCCAUCGCUGGAGAGAUCUUCGGGACGGUGGCGGCGGCCGCGCCGCUGACGGAAGGGACGAAGGCAGAUGCAGCUCGGCGGGCGGAGGAGGAGGAAGACGAGAAGCAGAAGCGACAGCAACGGGCAGAUGAGAUGCGGCGGAUCGACGAGGAAUGCGCCAUUCGGGCCGAGCCGCUGGGCUCUGACCGUCGCUACAACCGCUACUGGCUGUUCACCACGGGCGAGGAAGGCGAUGCGGGGUCGGGGCGGUUGUGGGUGGAGAGCGCCCCCGAGGGCACCUGGCGCCUGCUCACCACGCCGCAGCAGCUCGACGAGCUGGUGGCAUCUCUGGAGCCCAAGGGUGUACGGGAGGGCCAACUGGCCCAGGCGCUGGCACACCACGCGGAUCGAAUCAAGCGCUCCAUGCCGGGAGUGGCGCCGUUGUCCGAGCCCACACCGUUGGACGCGCUGCCUGAGGAAACGCGCGCCGCGCUCACGUCUGCGGCGGCGGCUCGUGCGGAGGUCAUCCGGCUACAAGCCUAUUCCCAUGUGGUUCCUGAUGACGACUACACCGCGGAGCUGCAGCUGCCGGACAGCGACUCUAUCAGCAUGCAGCGAUUCAAACGGGACCUGCUACGACUGGAGACGGCCGUGCCGGUGGAGGCCAUGGACGAGGGCUUCCAAAGGAUGACCUGGGCGGAACGCGUCCAGACCGCCCCCAGCCCUGCGGUACUGCGCACCUGCCUGGGCCAGCUGGAGGCGGCCCUGCUGCCCUCCCCUGACGGCACCUCGCCGGGGCUGCUGGCCACCGUAUUCCACCGCCAUCCGCCACUGGUCCGGGGCGCCUGGGUGGAGGUGGGCAAGGAGGUGGCUACGGCGCUGCCGGGGCAUGCCUGCAAGGAGGUCUUGCCGCCAGCUGAGCGCGUCGAUGGCCAGCCGCAAGCCAUGCCCAGCGACGAGCCCCUCGCCUGGCUGCCUGCUACACUGCCAGCUCUCACGCUGCGGCUGCUGUCCCUGGACGCGUCCAUCAUCUUCCGCGCUGGUGUGCCUCCUGGACGGGACUCCCAAGCGGGUUACAAGUACACGGUUCGACCCGCGCCGCUGGAUGCUCAGCCCGCUGUGGUUGCGGUCUCGGCAGCAGCGGCAGCGGGCCCCCCUCAUGCUGACGCGGCGGGAGGGCCCGCGCCGCCGGCAUCAGCAGCGCUGCCGAUGGCAAUCGGCGGCGGCGCAGUGGUGCUCACCAACGUGCUGGCGGACCGCGGCCGGGUCAACCACGCCAUACGUCGGGUUCCGGAGCUGCCGCCUGAGAUCAUGACGCUGCGUGCACGUGAGUUCACCCUGCCAGUGGAGGAGAUGCGGGAAAGCGUGGCGGAGGCGGAUAAGCAGGGGCUGCUCAACGCUGCAUCCGCAGCAGCUGGCGGCAAAGGCAAGGGCAAGGGCGCCGGCAAGGGCGGCUCCGCUGCUGCAGCGAACGGCAGCUCGAAGGCUGGUGCCGCCACAACCGGCAAAGUGGGCUCGCGGUCCGUGGUGGUGGUAUCUGGUCUGCGGGGCGCAGCGGCCAGCAACAAGAACAAGGGUGGCUCAAAAACCAAAGGUCUCAGCGCACCUGGCGUGGGGUCUAGGGCCAAGGGCGGUGGCAAGAGCGGCGGCGGCGGCGCGGCUGGCGGGAGUCGCGGCAAGGCGGCUGCGACUGCCACCACGGAGGAGCCGGAGGGCGAUGAGGAGUGGAUGCAGGGUACUGGCGAGCAAUUGGGCGAGCCCGUGCUGCUGGGUCCGGAGGAUGAGGACGACUUGGGCUUCAGUGAGGACAACGACGGUUUAGAAGAAGGCUACGAUGAUCCGUACGAUUCAGAUUAUCGAUAG